AUGUUUGCAUCGAUUCAAGAAACGAACUUUUGGCUUAAAUGGCAAGAUCUCAUCUGGGCCUUGUCGGUCACUUUCGGUUUAAUUGGUUUCUACAUCUUGUUACACAUACUCGAUGAUCAGUAUUGGACGCUAGUCCACUAUGACUACACUUAUGAUGUAGACUACUCAACAAGCAACAGCUCAACGAACGCUACAAAUGACGUUUCAUAUUUAAACGCGAACGACACGGAUUACAGUCUUCUCAACGAUUCGAGCUAUGACAAUUACACAUACAUUUAUCCAAUGACUUUUUCUGAUUACGUUGAGUAUUAUAUGCCAAUGGUGGUAUCAGCGGUGAUUGCUUUGAGCCUCGUCACAACACCACUAGCUGCUUACUUCUCGGCAACAAAUGAUCGACUAUCGUGGCCGAUUCGACUUCUGGCCACCGCCGAGAACAUCAACAAGUUCAUCUACGCUCUCAGCUCGUGCUUAAACGACAUGUGUUCCUACUUUGAUUUAUGUUCCGAGGAUCUGUGUUGGAGUUUCUACAAGUUGUCCUGGAUUCUCACCGACAUGUAUUCUCUGUGCGACGUCGCCCAAUAUUGUCAGUGUUUAAUUUCAUUAAGCCGAUUCCUCGUUUUGUCCCUCGAUGGAGCCUAUUUCCGAUAUACAACGAAACUGCCAAUCAUUCAACUCUUGAUUCCCUAUGCUUUACGAGUAGCCUUUGCCCAGAUUGAGAUUGCUCUUUGUGACUAUUCUUUUCAACAAAUUGUGCAUGAGUUCCUCAUCACAAUGCCUUAUUUCUUGACAUGUGGACUCGACUUUGUAACGGAUCGAAAAGUGAAAACGCUAAAGAAAAAUGGCCGAGUGUCUCGAGUUGAAUGUCUAUUGAUGCUACAGAUGGUAACCAACUCUUGUAUGACGGUGAUCAAUUUUAUCAUUUAUUACAUGUGUUCUUUUGUCACGUAUUUAUUUUUUGGAUAUGAUGUAUGGAUUGUCUUUUCAAAACUGCGAACUCUUAUCCAAGUUUUGCUCUUCAACUUGGUUUCAAGUUUGAUCAGUGUUCUGUUUCUCCGAAAACCGAAAGAUCGAGAACCAAGAAGUGGAGUAGCUGUCACUGUAACCAGUGUUGCACCGACAGCAAAAAGGACAACGAUGACUAGAGUGGAG